AUGGGAAUUAAAAUAAUUUUGAAGACAUUACUUAUAUUGUUGGGGUUCAGUUUAUGGGUUAUGAGUAUUAUAUUCGAACUUAAGGAAUCAUCUAAUUAUAUGGAAGCCGCAGCACGUAAAAAUUUUUAUGAGAAUGGAGAUGAACAGAAAUCACAUGAAGGAAAAGGAUCACACGAAGAACAAAUCGGUAAAGAGUAUUACACUAAUAUAAGUUUUUGUUUAUUUUUAUCAGGAAUUUACAUUAUAACAUCAGCCUACGAUUUCAUUAGACAUCAACCAAUGGAAUGUCCUCACAUUUAUGACGGAUUUGAUUCAAUUCCGGGAACUCAACAUUUAUUACUCGAGACUUUCUCAGUAAAUCUUCCUUUCAUAACCCUUCUCAUCUUUUCACUUCUCUCUGCACAUGUAUCCGGAUUAAGUGUUAGGAAUCGUUCCAUUAAUCGUCGUGCAGUUGGAGAUGUAGCCUAUUGUAAUUUUUAUAAUUACGGAUAUAAUAGUAGAUGUUCUGGAGAAUUUCAUUUUACCGAGAUUGCGACUAGUACAGUUAGAAUCACCGGACAAUUUAAUACGGGAUUUGUUGAUGACAUAAAGUCAAAUUAUGAAUAUAUUAUUAAAAAUUCUGCUGGUUCGACUAUUAAAAAUUUGACUACAGAAAUUAACGCACAGAUAACUAUUAAUAUUCCAGGAGCUUCAGCAUUUGAAUGCGAUUUUACGGGAUUAACUGUAGAUGAUCUUGUAGGAGCUUCUUUUUGUGUUACGUAUAAAAAAACAUCUACUAUUGGUGAAGCAGUAAUUACGAAA